GCCUGGCUGCUCCCCAUAGGCUCCGACUGUCCGCUUAGCAAGGUUAUAACGCUGGGGAAAUACCGGGACCAUGUCGGAGAUCAUCUGCCAGUGGCUGAACGUAGAGCUUGGUCUCUCCAAGCGAGUCGAACCAAAGUGUUUUGCAAAGGAAUUUUCCACUGGAUAUUUAAUUGGAGAAGUCUUACACAAGUACCAACUGCAGGAUGACUUUGAUCAAUUUUCACAGAGCAGAGCUGCCAUCUCCAAACUAAACAACUUUACUCGGAUAGAACCCACUCUCCAUCUUCUGGGUAUUCCUUUUGACCAAAAUGUGGCCCAAGAUAUUAUAUCCGAACAACAUGGGGCAGCAACCCGACUUCUGUAUCAAAUGUACAUUGCUCUGCAAAGGAAAAAGAAGGCAGGAUUAACAGGAGUAGCUAUGGAGACUAUGAGACCAGCGGGUCCAGCCAAGUUACAAAGCAUUGGCACAGAAUUAUAUCGAGAGCGUUUAAAGAUGAUUGUGCCACGCCAGACAAAUGUAAAUUUGCAGAAAGUAACUGAACAGUUUGAUAUAAAAGCCAAAGAAAUGAGCGAAAAGCUUGAUCAAAUACAUAAUGACGAGCUUAACAAAUUACAGAAAGUCCAAGAAGAGCUGAGACUUCAGGAUAUUGAAAAGCUUCGUCGAGCUCGGAGGAGACAAACUGAAAUAAUGGCACGGAUUCAAGCUGCAAUCGUACAAAUUCCUAAACCACCACCAAAUCGCACAUUGAAAGCCAUUGAAGCACAAAAGAUGCUAAAAAAGAAGAAAGAAGCAGAGGGUGUUUACAGAGAGCUAGAAAGAUUUGAAACGACAAUCAAGAGAAAUGGUUCAUCUAGCAGUAUAUCACUAACUACAAGGACUUCCACAUUACAGCGAAUACGUUCAACAGUUAGCAUUGGCACCGCUUUAUUAAAGCUAGAUUCUAGUGAUGACUAUGUGAAGAAAAUUCAGAAACGUUUGGAAGAAGAUACAGUAGCACGUGAGCAGAGGGAAAAAAGACGACGCAGAAUCCUAAUGGAACAACUGACAGCACAUGGGGCGCAGGAGGAAGCGCUCCGGGAGGAUCAACUUAUCAAUCGCUUAAUGAGACAAUCUCAGCAAGAGCGCAGGAUUGCCGUGCAAUUAAUGCACAUUCGCCAUGAAAAAGAUGUUUUAAAGCAGAACAGGAUUUUCCGGGAGAAGCAAUAUGAGGAGAAACGUGAGAAAGAAUUUCAAGAAGCUCUCGACAGAGAAGCGGCCAUACAAAGGCAAGCAAAACUUGACUGUGAAGAACAGGUCCGUAAAGUGCAGGAGCUACAUGACAUGAUAGCUGCAGAACGUGCAGAGGCUCGCUAUAAGAAGCACUUUUUAAUCUGCCAAGAAGUGAUGAACGAGAUUGUAGAUCUUGCCACCAAAACAGGGGAAUACAGAGAGCUCACUAACAGAUUAAUUCCUGCCAAGUUAAUGCGUGAAUGGAAGGAGCUAUUUUUCACUGGAUAUUCCCUCUAUGAGGAAGCAUCUGUAGACCCACUGCCCUCAGAGCCAACACCAGAACAGCUCCUGGAAUUGGAGAAGGAGGGGAUACUGGAUGAAAAAGACUAUGACGAAUACAAGACAAUGUCAGGAGAGUGGGUUCCACCAGAUGAACUUGGUUUGAAAGCACCGGCACCCAAUAACAACAUACUGGGGCAUGUGGUUGGCAGACUGUUGGAAAUUGUCCAUCCUCCAGAGGCACCGACACCACCACCUGUUUUUCCACAAUUCCCCAUUAAAGGCUGUGUUCUCGGAAAACUGUACUCUAGAAAAAGCACAUGUUUGAAACGUUUAGCACAAGCUUACAGCAUUCAGGUGCUCAAUGUGGAUGAUCUUGUCAAUGAAGCAAUUCAAGCUUAUCAUGACAAAGAAAUGGAAAGUGUCACAGGUUUGUCUGAAUCAUUGGCAGUGGAAGAGGCUACGGCUGAUAAAGAGGCUACGCUCAAAGACAGUUCUAAUUAUAUUGCCAAUGAACCCAAAGAAUCAGCUGAUGAAAGUAUUACUAAGAAAGAGGAUCCACCUGAAAAUGAAAUCUCUCCACGUCACAUCGUGACCUCAUCUAAGGAUAAACAUGCUAUACAGAAGUUUUCAGAACGUGCCCAACUAGGAGAGAUGCUGGACAAGCAACUUAGGAAAGGAAAAAGUGCAUCUGAUGAUUUGCUUACCAAGAUAAUCAUUAACACAAUCAAUCGAAUCCCUGAAAACACAGGCUGGAUCAUGGAUGGGUUUCCAGCAACAAUUGAUCAGGCCAAAUUGUUUGAGAAAGCCCUCACAGGAGAUGACAUUGAAAAGGCAAAAGAAAAGAAUAAGAAGGCCAAGUCGUUUUCUUUAGUGAAAAUCCCAUCAGGACGUAAUGACGCACCACCACACUCCCCUGCUCUUGAUUGUGCGGUAUUGAUAGACAUUUCAGACACUGUAGUAUUACAACGAGCUGCUGAACAACUUGGGGCAAUAGAACAACCAGUUUCACAAGAAAGCAACUCACCAAAUGCAGACCAUCCUACAGGGCAGGAUCAGACACAACCAAGGGAUCAAAUACAACACAGAAUUGUUGGCUUCCUUGACAACUGGGAACAAUUAGAGAUGUGGUUUUCAGCACAACAAAAUAUUCUCAUCAAAGUGAAUGGGGAAGUGGAAGAAGAUGCCCUGUGUAAGAAAAUUGAAGAAGUAUUUCUGACUGCUAUAUUCAACAAGAAAAAUAAAGAUACAGAGGCAGAAAAUAAGAAAAAAGAAGUUUCACCCCCAGCGCCUGUCAUACCACCUCCUCCAGAAACCUCUGUUGAUGAUCAACCUCCAUUGGUUCCAAAGCAAGCAUCAGAAAAGAAAGAAAAAGAAGAGGGAUCAAAGUCACCAAAAGGCUCUGCAAGACGUAAAGAUAAAUCAAUAGAGAAGAAAGAAAAAAAAGCUGAUACAGGAAAAGAGCUAGGACAGAAAUCUGCAAAAUCUGGCUCUUCACGAGGACGAUCACCAGGCAAGAAGUCUUUGACAGCACCUGCCACCCCAGAACCACCAGAACCCAUCCCUGCUGGACCUCCACCUAUUCAGCCAGGAUCUGCUGAAUGGGUAUAUGUGGAUGAACCACUUGCACAAGAAAUUCCUGAAAUUCUGGUACCCUACUGGGAAAAUAUAGAAAAUACAUAUGGACUUACGAUUAAAACUGCGCUGAGAAGCAUGCGAAAAGAACGACUUAUUAUUAUUAACUAUUUUUAUGAUAGCAGAAACAGAUUUAGAGAUUAUCUAAAGCGUCCAGACCACAAGCAGGAGUUUGUGUCACAGUGGCAAUCUGACUUCAGCUCUGUGGCAGAUGACUUGAGGGGAGAUGAGGAAACAAAAGCCGAGCUUCACCAACGGGUUGAUGACCUCAGAGAUCGUCUUUGGGAUAUCUGUGACAACAGAAAGGAGGAAGCAGAGCAAGAACGACAUGAUAUAAUGAAUGAAGAAUGGCUGCCAGAUCACAUGGGAAUUCUAGUGAACCAUUUGUUUUCCAUAAUGCAGGCAGAGGUGGACCGAUUUCAAGACACUGCGAGACUUCUGCGCGAUUAUUAUCAAGGAAUGGAGAGAAAGAUACCUUCAGAGUCCACCACUGAGUUUACUCGCAUACCCCUAAUUGACAUUUUCUCCUUGGAUUUGGAUGGGGAAUCAGAAAAACCUACAAGAAUUCCUCUUGUGAGCAGAAGACCUCAGUCACCUGAGCAAAGCCCAGGGAAGCAGAAGAGCAAAACAUCACUGACGAAAGGCAAAGAAGAUCAGAUAGUGGAGAUAUCCAAACAGAUCCUCGAAACUGAUGAGAAGCUAAUUGUGGAAACAUGGCAAACUGCACUGACUGCCAUUGCUGAUAUGGUAACUCGUGAAAAACAGAUGAAAGAAGCAGAAGAAGAAAAGGAGAGGCUGGCAAUAGAAGCAAAAGAAAAAGAGCGCUUAAAAGCAUCCCAACCCGCUUUCCAAAGCAGUGGAAAGGGCUCAAAGAAGAAGCCCCCAAAAUCACCAAAAGGAAAACCAGGAGGAAAAUCUCCUGGUCCAGUGGAACCGGCAGCUUCACUGCAGACCUCGGAAGAAAAAGCAGAACUGCAAAAAAUACAAGAUCUAAAGCUUAAAAGCAAGCAAGAAUAUUUUUUUGCUCUUGAAUCUGAAGAAAGUGCUGUGAAGACCAAGCUUGAUUUGAUAAAAUCUAAAGCCUUAGAUGUUUGCCAGGAUCUAAUAUCAAAAGCUGAACAUGCUUACAAAGACAUGGACAUGUGGCUAGGAGCUAGAUUUUUAGCAGAAAUGUCAAGUAUCGAAAAACUAAUUCAAGUUGCACGUCAUUACAUUGAAACAAGCACAAAGAUACCAAAUGAACUUGUUCUGGAGCAAGCAGACUUCUACAUCAGUUGUGAUGUUAAAGUAAUUCCUGAUCCGCCUCCUCCCCUUCGAUCUCUUCCAGUGGAAAUGUCAAUUAAUGGAACAUUAACUAUUUUACAACUGAACAACCUGUAUGAGCAAUGCAUGCUGGUGGCUCCUGAAGGCCUAAUGUCAAUUAAAUUAUUUACUGAGAUUCUUAUGGACCUCACAUCAAUGACCAUCGGCAAUGAUGUCCUCCCAGAUUUAUGGAUGAAUCUCUCAGUCUCAGAGAUUCAAGAAAUAACGUCUGCAUUAUCUCUGAACUCGGAUGUAGUCAACUGGCGCACAUUUCUAUUAUCAGCCUCUUUGCCAUGGCCAUACCCUUCAUCCAGACAGCUUCUUAACACACUGCACAGGUUUCAAAAUAUAGAUAAGGACAGAAGCGGUACUAUUAAUGAAGAAAGCUACAACCAGGGUGAGCUUUGGUUCACUGCAAAAACAGAGGAACAUAUACCUGAAAAUCCAACAGAACCUCUGCCAUUUAAUAGGCUGGAAUAUCUCAUAAAGUUUUUCUUUAAGCUGUUUGCCAAUUGGAAAAGAGAUCCUGCCCUUCUUGAUUAUACAGAGAUGCUGCUGUAUUUUUCCUGCCAUCCUGAUCCUAAAGAUGGGUUCUAUAGAGCAUUAAGUGUUGCUACUGGGAAACCUCUCCUGAAGAAACCAGAAGAUAAUGUACUACUUAAGUCUGUUCCCACUAUGGACUCCAUUCAGGAGAGCGGACACAUGACUAAAAAGGAAAUAGAAUUAGCAGAGACCACAGAAGAAGUAACUAUUACACUACAAGAAGUCCUGCGUGUUCUCCAGCAUGGUGCUAUCAAAGACGGAGAUAACCAUAGAUUUGGCCCUCUUAAAAACCAGACAAAUGAUUAUAGCAAGAACAUCGAAAACAUAUUUAGAGAACUUAAUCCAGAAAAUCUGGAUCCUGUCACUUUUACUUCUCUUAUGAAGCACAGAGGGUUCCAAGACCUAGUAGAGAAUUGUCAGCUUUUUAAACUCCCAGAUAUUCAUGGAAUACUUCAUAAACUGAGGCACAUGCAACAAAUUGAAAGGAAAGGCUCAGCAUCCAGUCCUAGAUAAGCCCACCACAAUCCAAAAUGUCAAAAUCCGCAUUAAAAACAAGGACUAUUACUUGACCCGCGUGGCCUGUAUUUACUGUGUGUUUUCUUUUUGUUCAUAUAUUUGUCAUUUUUCUGAAUAGACUUUAAGAUCAACUAUGUAUUUUUCUAAAUGCAUAACGUUAAAAAUUAUAUUAAAAAUA